AUGUCAGACCCCUCGUCGGCUUUGACGGGCGUCGUCAUUGGCCUUGUCUCGUCAUUUGGCUCUAUCCUCCUGAUCGGCCUUGUCGUCUUCGUCUUUUGGGCCUCGGGCUGCGCCGGCUCCGGCCGCAUCCUGCUCGACCGCCUCGGCCGCCCUGGAGAGUACGAUGAUGAGCAAGCUUUCUUGCGCGAGGAGGAGGAGGCCUUGGAGACGAUGGACGAGAUGGCCCGUACAGACUAUCUAAGAGCAAAAGCUUUUGUAACCGCUAACCCUCCCGAAUCACUACAAACCGAUAUUUCCCUCUCCCAGUACCUCGCCAUCCAGGAGAAGGGCGUCUCCGCCUGGGAGUUUGAGCCCGAGCUCGAAAUCGCAAAUUGCUUCGUCGAAGCACGUACCGAAAUUGAGUUUUAUGAUUCAGAAUGUACCGUCAUGUGCAACCUGCCCGUGCCCAAACAGAACGACGUCUAUUACUGGGAAGCCAAGAUUUACGAAAAGCCUGAAUCUACCCUGCUCGGCAUCGGCAUGGCCACCAAGCCCUACCCGCUCUUCCGCCUGCCAGGCUAUCACAAAUACUCGGUUGCGUACCACUCAAACGGUUCGCGCCACUACAAUCAACCUUUUAGCGAAAUUCCCUACGGUCCCCGCCUAGUCCAGGGCGAUGUCGUAGGUGUUGGGUAUCGACCUCGGACCGGAGCCAUGUUCUUUACUCGCAACGGCAAGAAGCUCGAGGAAGUCGUUCACGGUCUCAAGUCGCAAAACUUCUUCCCUGCUGUUGGCGCCAACGGCCCGGCCACGGUUCAUGUAAAUCUCGGCCAGUCCGGCUUUGUCUUCAUCGAGGCCAACGUCAAGAAAUGGGGACUCGCCCCGGUUACCGGCAGUCUCGCGCCGCCACCCCCGUACGGUUCCGAGCAGGGCAGUAUUCUUCUCGAGUCCGGCACAAAGGACGGCUACGCACCACCACAGGGACGUCGUCAUGGCCACUCAUUCAGCGGUUCUACGUAUAGCGUCCGCGGAGGACAGCAACCCGCCAAUGCCUCACACGGCCGAACACGCAGCGGCAACUUUCGAAUCCUUCCCACAAGCCCGGGGCCCCUACGAAGUCCAACCGAUAUUUCCCUCGCCCAGCUCGUUCGCACUGAUGACGGUGGUGAGACAAGCAGCUCUGCCCACCAACAGCGGGAGGAAGAACACAACGAGAACCCUCUUCACCUGCAUCUGCUGGACGCCACAAACCCGCCGCCUGAUUACACGAGCCCCACUGGCUCCGAUGGUGAUAGCAGCAGUCGCCGACAAAGCACGGACAGCGACGACACGCCCUUGAUUCAAGUCAUGAACCGUAGCCGCGGCAAUUCAGCCGCUGCACCUGGAACCACCGUCAAUAAUCUCCCGCUACCGAGCUACAGCGAUGCUCUCGAACAGGGGGCCGGUCAGCGCAGGCGGAGCAGCUUCGACUCGGAGCGCUCUACGUCCGAAGCAGCCGAGGAUGACGACUCCGAAUCUAGCUCCGACGAUUCCACCAAUACAGUCACACCUCUAUCUCAUAACCCUACAUCAGCAGUCUAG